UAAUAAUUUGAGAUGAUAUGGCAUUCGUUGGGAUGUCUAAAUUAUUGAUAUGAUUGAUUCAAAGUGCAGAAUGAGGCCUUUUUUCUAGCUAGUGAAGGAAUAUUGAAGUGGAAACAUGUCAGCUGCGGAUGGUGGUGCAGCUGCACUACUUAUCGCAGGACUUGGUACUGGUGGUACCGAUGUGAUGUAUGAGGAUGACCUAACGGAUAAUAGUAUUCCGGAUAUACAGAAAAUAACGAAAAAGAACAACAUUUUGCCAUUGUGGGGCAAUACGCAGACGAUGAAUUUAAAUGCUUUAGUGUUGGAGAAUAUUAUUCAGUGCACAUAUUACAAAAAUUAUCUUUCGGAAACUACAGGAUUUCAGCAGCUUACAGAAGAAAUCUAUUAUAGCGUGAAACAUCUGGAACCAUGGGAGCGUGGUACACGGAAAACACAAGGAAUGACCGGCAUGUGCGGCGGGGUACGAGGUGUUGGUGCUGGUGGAGUGGUGAGUACGGCAUUCUGUCUUCUUUAUAAGCUCUUUACGAUCCGACUCUCCAGGAAACAACUGGUUAGUAUGAUUAAUAACAGCGACUCACCAUAUAUACGAGGUAUCGGUUUCAUGUACAUCCGAUUUUGUCAACCACCACAAGACUUAUGGGCUUGGAUGGAACCUUAUUUGGAUGAUGAGGAACAAAUUGAUCCGCGUUCUGGUGGUGGUGAUGUGAUGGCAAUGGCACAAGUUGUAAAGAUGAUGUUAACUAAACUGGACUGGUAUGGUACGCUGUUUCCGCGAAUCCCUGUCCCAAUUCAGAAGGAAAUUGAACUGAAAUUUCGAGAAAAAGCGAAAUUGGAUUACCAACGAGAACAUGGAGAUCGAGAGGGUGAUCAUGAUAGACACCGAAGUAGAAGCAGAUCGAGAGAUCGAUUGCGAGAGAGGUCGAAAGACCGGGACAGAGAAAGGGAUCGAGAGAGAUCUCGUGAACGUGACAGAGAGAGAGACAGGGAUAGAACCAGUGGACGAUCUCGAGAAAACGACCGAGCCCGGGAAAGGAGGCGGGAUUCCAGGGGCAGGUCGAGAGAAAAAUCUAGCACAAGGUCUAGUCACAUUAGUGACAAGAAGCGGAAGCAUGGUGGUCAUCGAUACAAGUGUAAACAUCAUUUGCGGCACCACCAUUGUCGGAAACAUAAGGAACGUUGUCCAACAAAGGCCAAAAAAGCAUGUCAGGAGAACUUGGAGAAAAAUACAAAAUCUUGAAGGAAUCUCUGUUUUUUCAUCUUUCUUGUUUACGUUUUUUGACAUUUGCAGACUUGUAUCAGUGAUAAGAGUAUGCAAUCCAGUGCUUUGCAAUUAUAUGCAUAUUGCUCCCAGUUACUGGCACUAAUACCGCUGUCUUUAAAACUGUUCUGUGGAUAGCAUUAUUUAUUUAGUCU